AUGCGCUGGGCGAGGCGACGAAGAAGGUAGAAGGUAGAAGGUAGAAGGUAGGAGGUGGGAGGUGGGAGGUAGGAGUGGAGGGUAAUAAAGUCCUGCCAGGGUGUUAGUCGCACAGGUACUGAGUUUGGCGCCAGUGCUGAAUAUGAAAUUGCAAACAUUCCCCUCAAACUCCAGGAUGAGUAUGAUCCCGACUGCUCGCUUCGCUCCGAACCAAUCUCCACUCCAGAAGCGGCCUCUGGGACCCACCACGCAUGCACACUGCAGGUUGCAACUUCGGGGAAUGACCCUAAAUUAAAUUAAGACACCUCGGGAUCAUCUCUAAAUAUGAUUCCAAACAAGCAGAUCAAAGACAUACAGUGAAGAAUUACACACAAAGACAAACAAACAGCUAAUGAGCAAAGACAAAUCGUGCAAAUGGGAGAAAAAUAAUACUGAGAAGAUGGGUUAUGGUCAUUGCUGAGGGGGUUAUAAAGGAGCAAACUCAAAGCAAACUGCACGCCAAGCUCUGACCAAGGGUCUCGGCCCGAAACGUUGACUGCUCAUUUCAAUGGAUGCUACCCACUGCUGAGUUCAUCAGCUUGUUUCUACGUGUUGAUUUGACCACAGCAUCUGCAGUGUACUUUGUGUUUACACCAAGCUUUGAUGGUCAUUCAAUAUAUCAGAACCUGAACAUCAAUGAAUUUAAAAGGAAAACACAGGAUUUGCCUAUCUCAUGGAAAUUUCAAACUUGCCUGGCUGGUAAAGAACCGAGAGAAUUACAUGUCCAGUGAGAGGUCUUUAACCAAUAAUCCUGUCUGAAAAAGGAUUCUGUCUGUUCUGUGUGAGGACAGUUUUCUUAGAUAGUCAUAGAGCCAGAAGGACCCUCAGACCAUGGAGAAUCCAUGUAAGUGUGUGGACUGUGGGAAAGGAUUCAGCUACCCUUCCCAACUGGAAACCCAUCAGCGCACACACACCAAGGAGAGGCCGUUUAUCUGUUUCACGUGUGAGAAGGGAUUCACACGUUCGUCCCACCUGCUGGCACACCAGCGUACUCACACUGGGGAGAGGCCGUACACCUGCACAGUGUGUGGGAAGGGAUUCACCGAGUCAUCCAAGCUGAAGGCACAUCACCAAGUUCACACUGAUAAAAGAACUUUUAAUUGCUCGAACUGUGCCAAGAGCUUUAAAAGCUCCCAGUAUCUGCGGAGACAUCAGCAAAUCCACACAACCGAGAGGCCUUUCGCCUGCACUGUGUGUGGGAAAGGAUUCACUCAUUCGUCCAAGCUGCUGGUGCACGAGCGGGUUCACACUGGAGAGUGGCCGUUUACCUGUUCCGUGUGCGGGAAGGGAUUCAACCAGUCAUCUGACCUGCUGACACACCAGCGAGUUCACACCGGGGAGAGACCUUUCACUUGCACUGUGUGCGGGAAGGGAUUCACUCGCUCAUUUAACUUGCUGGUCCACGAGCGGGUUCACACUGGAAAAAGACCCUUCUCUUGUUCUGUCUGUGGGAAGGGAUUCACUCAGUCGUCACACCUGAUGAUACACCAGCGAGUCCAUACAGGGGAGCGGCCAUUUUGCUGCUCGGUGUGCGGGAAGGGAUUUGCUUGUUCAUCCAGCCUGCUGGUGCACCACCGGGUUCACACUGGAGAGAGGCCGUACUCCUGCUCUGUGUGCAGGAAGGGAUUCACUUCUUCAUCCAGCCUGCUGGUGCACCGCAGGGUUCACAGUGGGGAGAGGCCAUUCUCCUGCUCCAUCUGUGGAAAGGGGUUCACUCAGUUAUCCAAUUUACAGUCACACCAACGGGUUCACAAGUGAUUUCCGGCUGUGGCUGUCAGUCGACCCAAGACAUUCUUGACAAUUGAGACUUGAAUCUGUCAACGUUACAAAACUCCAGACUGGAUGGAUGCUUUACUGCGCAGGUGUUAAAUAAAUUUGCUUUCUUUUAA